AUGUCAUGUCAGUCACCGGAGGACAUGUUUUUUGUAGCUUCGUCUUUGAGCGAGGUCAUCGAGCGUUUGCAAUCUGCACGUAAAGUAUAUAGACGGCAGACACUUCCAAUUUAUGAACGAGAGCCAGUUAAUUUUUCAGAUAAAAAUGGUAAAUUCAAUGUCGCCCUAUAUCUAUCUGCUUCAUCUGAAAACUCUGAAUACUUACAUUUCACGCGACAGCUGGCAUAUGAAUUAGCUAAUAGAAAAUUCGGCAUUGUCUCCGGAGGAGCUGCACAAGGUCCUAUGGGAGCAAUUCAUGAUGCAUUAACACCAACACUCUUUGAAGAAAUGGAACUUUUGGGCUCGCCUAUCGCUAAUAUUGGAAUUUACACACGUGAAACAAAAUUACGCGAAGGUUUUCCUCAAGACAAAUUGACUUGGGCCUACCAAGCAUCAGAUGUGUAUUAUCGUAUGCAAUUGAUGGAACAAUAUUCGGAUGCAUUCAUCAUUCUCCCAGGCGGCAAAGGUAUUAUGCAAGAAAUUUCUAAAUUAAUGAUUGCAAAGUACAACAAUCAUCAAACUGUAGCUAGCAAGCACAUUAUAAUCUAUAACUGGCAGAUCGAAUUAGUGUACGACAUGGAAAAUGGGAAAAAAACUUCUAUAGGCUUUUACAACCAACUACUAGACGUGAUUUUGGUAGAACAAAUUCAAGCGGAUUGGUUACACAUAGUCACUAAUGUUCAGCAAGCUGUCGAUAUACUGGAAAAAAUUCGUGCAGAAAGGGAUUCAACGAUUGUAGAAUUGUCCAAUUCUCGAACUUUUCAAGGAUGCAAAGGAAGCGUUUAAUUCAUGAGUCUGCCUACAGUUGUAUUUCGUUACGUUCCACUUCGUCCGCUGUCCAACUAUUCUCUUCUACGACUAUUUAGGCAUAUCUUCUCUUUACAAUUUACAUAGGCUCUCAAGCUUGUGUCUUUUGUCUUUACUGCCCUCUAUAUUCUUCUGAUGUUCUCCCCAUUCUCAAUUCUUUUUCAGAGAGUUUCUCUUUAUCGUCUGCAGCGCACAAUAGAAACUUAUUUCUAUGUUUCCAUUUCGUGUGGUUUUCUACGAUAUGUUCACAACAAAUAAAGAAAUAUAUGAAUAAGUACGUUCACGUUCUUCAAAAUGAAGCGAAGAAAAUUUCUCAACUUUGAUCUCCAGUACUUUAUUCUCCGAACUCUUCCCCUGUAAGGAUGUAGAUGUGAAUGUGGGUCUUCAUUCACACCUCACACCAAACCAAAAAAUCGCUUAUAUUCACCACAUUCACACCCUUUUGAAUGUAUUUGUGUGCUCGCAAUUAAUUACCCACACAAGUGUUCUAAUAGAAGUUAACUAUAGUCGAACAGAUUUGUCGAAAACUUUCUGCACAAGCACAUCCCAGAAGACCUUGUGAAACCUCAACAAAGUGACAAAAAGUAGCGCAAACUCAAAGAUUCUCAGGCAUACAACAUAUCGUUUUAAUACGUUAAAAUGUGCGCUUUUUAUGCUGAAAAAAAGAUAAAAGAGCGGUUUUUCUUUUUGUAAAAAAGCAAAUCCGUGGAUAUCACCAUCUUCACACUCGCUCUGUUUUCAAAAGUUUUUUUUAAACGAAAAAAGCUCACAUUGUACCUCAUAAAAACGUGUUUCUUUUAUCGAUUUUGUCUGACUAAGCUGUAAAUAAAAUGUUUUAAAAAUUGAGCAAAUUCAAGAACAUGAAAAUAUGAAUAAUAUUGUAGAAGACCAGAUUCUAUCGUUCAUCUUUCCGAGAAAAUGUAAAUUUUUCUCUUUUAAGUGGAUAGUAAUAGUUUUAAGCAAUUUUACUUCAUUGUCCACCAUUUGUGCGUUCAAUUAUCUCCUUUGAAUUUGAUCUCGAUAGUAUUAUAUCAGUACGAUUUAGUGAUCAAGGACUGUUCUACGCACAAUCGCAUCAUUUUACUCAUGUUUCUGUCAAGUAUAAUAUAUGUUCAUGUAGGUGAAAAUAGUAGUAUAUCUCAACUAAAAUUAAUAAGUUAUGUUCCUCAAUUUGACAUUUUCCUUGAUUAAUUUCAUUC